AAAAAGCAAUGUUAGAGAACUGUCAGUGUUGAAAAACAGACUUUUUUAUUACAUUACUUCGCAGUCCUCAUAAUUUCGAAUUCAUUUGACUAGAAUAGUUGUUCAAGGUUUAAUUAAUAAGGUCUGCAUAACGAUGGGUUUCUUAACCAUCUUGAAGAAAAUGAAGCAAAAGGAGAAGGAAAUGAGAAUCCUUUUACUUGGCCUUGAUAAUGCCGGUAAAACCACAAUACUGAAACGCUUCAAUGGAGAACCAAUCGAUCAAAUUUCACCAACACUGGGAUUCAAUAUAAAAACUCUAGAAUAUAAUAACUACACAUUGAACAUGUGGGACGUUGGAGGACAAAAGUCUCUUCGAUCCUACUGGCGCAACUAUUUUGAAUGCACGGAUGGAUUAGUGUGGGUGGUGGACAGUUCAGAUCGGAUGCGUAUGGAAUCCUGUCGCGACGAGUUGGCGCUACUAUUGCGAGAGGAACGGUUAGCAGGGGCUACCUUGCUCGUUCUAGCCAACAAGCAAGAUUUACCCGGAGCACUCACCGCAAACGAGAUAAAAGAGGUACUAGAACUGGAUAAGAUAGAGACUCAUCACUGGGCAAUCCAUGGAGUCAGCGCAGUUACCGGAGGAAAACUAGUGGAGGCAAUCGAUUGGCUGGUGGACGAUAUAUCCAAAAGGAUUUUUACUCUGGAUUAACUUGUCAGUCUCUGUUGAACUAUUUAUUAUGUCUCUCAAUAAACUCACAUUAUAAUA